AUGGAUGACCAGGUUUCCUCAGAUGAUCUUUCAAUUGCUUAUUCGGCUCCAUCAUCAUUUGUCUCAUCAGAUAACACAGUAUUGCUCUCAUUUCCAGACAGUCAAGGACAAAGAUCAAAGCCAUGGCCAUCACCGUUUGAAAUUCCAGAGUUUGCCUAUGACACUGAGCUAGUUCUGAAGUCUGCAAAUGAUGCAUACAAAGACGAUGGAACUGCUCUGAACAAUCCAAGUGUGAAGUCUGAUAUUCUGGAAAAAUUGGCAGAACAUUUUUUCCAAUUUUGUGCAUAUCCAACCAGCCAGCAAAUUUCCUCAGUUGCAGAGGCAUUAAUCCAAAAGCAUCCUUGCUUAAAGGAGCCUGGGUCAUUCUCUGGAUUCUACGGAUGGCAAACAAGAUUGAAGUACAAGAUGGGAAACUAUCGGUCAAAAUUGAGAAGUCUAGGUUGCCCAGAAGUAGCUGUGAACUCGGCUAAAAAUAAAAGACCUGCUGCUGUAAAAAAAACAAAGAAAGCAGAAAUAAACUACCUCCCUCCACAUCCUUCAGGAGUAACUAUACAGAGUCUAGAACAAGAACGGGUGGAGCUUCUUGAAGAGGCCAAGAUAAGGGAUAACUAGAGAAAUAUCAAUGAAAAAAUGGACAGGACUUUCUCCUACCGUCGUCCGGAGAUAGUUGAGAAGAGUCCUUCAAUAGCGAGUAUCCUGGAAAGAUGGCCUGUUUUGUUUGACACCUCUCAGGUCAAAGAAGAAUUCAGGAGGUUAAAGGGGUCAUAUGAUGCGAUUUCAAGUGUCUCUGGGCCUCAUGAGGGAGGAUCAGGCUGUCGUAUGGUUACACCAUCCAGCUUAUAUGGGUUGAUUGGAUUUGCGUCACCUAACCUUGUGCCUGGAGUAAGCAAUUUCAAGAUGCUGAUGCAGAAGUUCAUCCUGUCUCUAUCUGAACCCGAGAUUGGUUGUGACCAUCGAUCUAGGAUGCGUACUUCUGCAUCCAGAUCGUCAAGAGACACAGGAGGUUCCUCAGGUUUGCUUUUGGAAUAA